UCCUUUUUUAUUCAAAGGGUUUGACUUCAACAGCAAACAACCAUCAUCAACUCUCGCAUCAUCUGAACACUCAUCUUCAUCAUCAUUUAUUUUCAUAAAUUCAUCUAUACAUCACUAAAAGAUAUGGAAAACUUGAGCACGAUGGCCGCUUCCCUCCCAAUUGUGGAUGACAACAUCCCAAUGUCGGAUGAAGAGAGAGAGUUUGAAGACAACAAUGUGGCUCCUUUAGGAUCACAAGACUCGGCUUUUAAAGAGAUUAUAGAAGCUCCUAAUCAGGAGUCUGCUCCGGGUCUUCAAGCCUGCCAAACCAGCCCAUCGGCUGACAAGAAGAUGGUUGCUUCUCCUCAUCGGGAGAAUAGCACAGCAACUGUGGCUCUCCCCAGCACCGCAUCGGUUGUCUCUCCUCAUCAGGAGAAUUGCACGGCAACUGUUGUGACCAAUCCGGGAUUUUCGUCCCAAAUGGCGGUUGACACCCUUCCGGUACUUCUGCCCAAUAUCGAAGAAGUAGGACCCGCUUCUCCUCAUCGGGAGAUUGCACGAGCUUGUUCUGCUUCAACUUGGACUAUUCCUUCGGCGUCUCCCCAUCGGGAGCUUGCACACGCCAGGGAUGAACAACCUACAAAUAGUACAGCCACAAUUCCUUGUUGUAAUCGACCAGUGGCAGGACCUAAUCGUCCUCAGGGUCCGAAAUGCCUAAUGUGUAUGCAGAGGCAUUUCUUGAAGGAUUGUCCUGAUUUUCACAAGCUUCCUUGUGAGAAAAAGAUUCGUUUUGUGGUCCAGAAUAACUUCUGUUCGAAUUGCUUGACUCGGUCCCACAUUCUCAGAGAUUGCUUCAGUAUUCGACGAUGCAAGAAGUGUGGCAGUAACCACCACACACUUCUUCACUCCAACCAAAUAUUACAUGGAAAAGUCCGCCCUUCGGGUAGUAGAGACUAUACGUCUCGUGCAUUUAAUUCGUCGCCCUCGUCCAAUUCAAUUUCGUCCGCUAAAAUAAAGACCUCUGCUAAACGUCCGUCUGUUCGCUCUCAUCCGAUAUCGUCCGCCCCUUCGGGCGCCGUCCGUCCGAUAGUUCAGUCCAUACAGCCCAUUGUGACUCUGGGGCCUACAAUGGUGGUACAAAUUGUUCUUCCGGACCGAAAAGUACCAGUUCGAGCGCUAUUGGAUCCUUGUGCUGGACAUAGUCGAAUUUGCUCAACGCUGACUAGUAAACUCCAGCUCAGCUCCUUAAACGUUGGCCAGGAUUUGUUCUGCCAACUGACUUUACAGUCUUUUCACGACCAGACGCAGCUGCUUCGUGUAUCCGCACUAAGCAUGCCCUUGAGACAUGUGGUCACUCCUGCGCAAUCUGCUCCAGACCUAAUAAAGGACCACUAUGCUGGGAUGCAACUAGCAGAUCCCGAAUUCUACAAGUCCGCUCACAUCGCACUAAUUCUUGGUCCAGAUGUGUACCCGAAGGUGAUAAAAUCUCAAACCCAUUCGAGCCCAGGGUUCCCUUGGGCUCAACUUACUAUCUUUGGUUGGGUGGUAUCCGGUCCUUGCCCACUGUGAAGUUGCCCGAGAUGAUCGGCCUAAAUCGAGACCCAUGGUCUAAAAUUUGUUGAAGGCAAUCUUCUAUUGCCUUGAUGGUUCAUCGACCAUCACUUGUUUUUGAAAAAAUUGAAAAAAAAUAAAUAAAUAAAAAAACUGAAUAAAGAAUGCUCAAAAAAUUGACGGUUAUACCUUUCAUUUAUUUGUAUUUUAAUCUUUAGAUCUAAGCAUUAUUGUUGUAACAUACCUAGAUGUUUCAAGGGCGGCGGUAAUGUUUAAUUUACAAUUAAAUCUAAGCCUAAAAUGCAACUCGUCAUUAUUUCUAAUAAUUUGCCAUCAUACCAUUUUAUUCAACUUUGAACUUUCGUUCAAAGUUAGCGAUGGCAAAUUCUAACGAGUAUUAUCUGUCAAUUUGCGCGUCUCUUGAGACAUCUUGGCUUUCUCGUUGUUUUUUCUUCACUUGUUUUACGGAUCUUCGUCCUAACAACAUCGCUGCAACACCAAUUGUACAAAAAGGUAAAAUUAUAUUAGUUAUUCGACUAAUAUAAUAACAUAAUAAAACCGCCAAUUUUUUAAUUUCAAAAAUAUUAA